GAGCAAAGAGAGAGAGUCGCGGAGCCACCGCGUUCCCUAGAGAGACGCGGAGAGCCAGGGCAAGGCAGCUGUCGCCGCAGCGACGAUGUGGAGCUCGGGCUCUGACCGCGACGAGGCCGUAGACACGGCGAACGCCUCGUCAGUCGACGCUUCGUCGCCCGCGCGGCAGCCGUCCACGCCGCCCCCGCCGCCUCGGCGCCGGCGCCAGCGCGCGCGACGCCGCGCUCACCGCCUCCGUGCCAGGAACACGGGCGCAGGAGCGGAGGAGGAGGGACUCGUGGAGGCGGACGCGGACGCGGACGACGUCUGGCGCGGGCUGCAGCAGCAGCGGGAGCGGGAGGCGUGGCUGCGGCGGGCGUCGAGGCCCGUGGUGGUGGUCGCCGGCGAGGAGGGGUCCCCUCCGGACGCCUCCGCCGGCUCGGGGGAGAGCGGCGGGGUGGGGAGGGCGCGGAGCCUGACCGACGACGACCUGGAGGAGCUCAAGGGGUGCGUGGAUCUGGGGUUCGGCUUCAGCUACCGCGAGAUCCCCGAGCUGUGCGGCACGCUGCCGGCCCUCGACCUCUGCUACUCCAUGAGCCAGCGCUUCCUGGACGAGCACCACCACCAGCAGCUGGGCAAGGCGGAGGAGGCGCCGCCGCUCGCUCCGGCCUCGCCGGCGCAGCCGGCCGCCACCACCAACUGGAAGAUCUCCAGCCCUGGCGACAGCCCGGACGAGGUGAAGGCGAGGCUCAAGUACUGGGCGCAGGCGGUGGCGUGCACCGUCAGGCUCUGCAGCUAGCUGAUCAACGGCGUGGCAGUGGCGGUGGCGGUGGCGGUGGCGCCACCAUCAAUCAAUCUUGGCACAAGAGAUGAGAGUUGAGACGAGCACGCAAGAAGGGAAAUCCAUUCCGUCUCCGCCCAGCCAGCACAGGGCAUCUGGUGGUCGGCAUACAGGCAGGAACCGUGGCACCACCGCCGGACCAACCAGCCAGCCAGCCGUCAAAGUUCAACGUAAACGAACACAGACAGGAGCAUCGUCCCAUUCCCAUACAUGCGCUCCAUCCAGAUCAAGAUGGCCUGGACUAGCAUCGUAGCGUCACCAUGGCCAGCAUUCAUCCGUCAGGAGCACACAGGAGUCGUGAAUUCGAAUUUCGCUCCAAGAUUUUGCUUGAGAUAUGUGGUAGGGACGGAAGGAGGAGGGAGAAUCGCGUAGUUAAUUCCAUGCCGUCCUUUAUGUUUUUUUUUUUUUUGUCUCUGUUCAAGCUUUGACAUGAUACAAUCUGCCGGCUAGCUGCCACCACCUUGCCUUUGCCUUCACCGGGGAGGCUUAAUGGACCGAAUCAACGGAGAAUGCGUCUAAAGAACAUGUCCAUCAUC